AUGGCAGAAGAGCAGCAGCAACAACAAGUUGAAGAUGUGCUUCAGACAGCGAGAAGCAAGUUUAGUAUUCAAAUCACAUCGGCGACAACAAUGCACAUUGAGAUUGCCCGCGAGCAAUGCAAAUCGAGUAGCUGCAACAUUUCCACAUUGCUGUUGCACAACGGGCGACAAUAUGCCAGCAAUUUUGUGGUGAAACGUAAAUGGAUUGCAGCCAUGCAACAACAACUGCUGAAGUGGUCGUUGUCGUUGCCACAGCAGCUGCCGAAGGAACCAUCGGCCAACGAUACACGGCAAUUGUUUUGCGACAACUGCAAUCAAUCAUUCAAUAUAGCUUUGCAGCUUUGCUUCGACAUUGAGCGUAGCAUUAAGUUUAGUUGCCAAUCGCAGGUCACGAUCAUCGAGUGCUUUAAUCACACGCCAAAUGGUCGCUCACGGCUGCUGACUAACGGCAGCAGCCACAACAAUAGCAAUUGUAGCAACAUUGGAGACAGCAGUAAUAAGAGCAACAUCAACAGUAUUGACAACAGCAAUGAGAUCAGCAACAGUAUCAGCGAUGGAAAGAGUAAUGACAGCAACAACAACGGCAACAACAACAUUGGAGAAUGCAGUGAUAACAGCAACGUAGAUAGCAACAUCAAUGAGAAUAGCAACAUCAAUGAAAAGAGCAACUGGAAUAAUAGCAACAACAGCGUCAGAGAUGGAAACAGCAACAUCAGAAGCAACAACAUUGGAUACAGCAGUGAUAACAGCAACAGCAACAGCAAUGACAAAAGCAACAACUUAAGCAUCAGCAACGAAAACAGCAGCUUCAAUAAGAACAGUAACAACAUUAACAAUGGAAAUAUCAACCACAUCAACAACAUCAGCAACAAUGGCGACAGCAGUGAUAGCAGUGAUAACAGCAACAUUAAUGACAAAAGCAACAUUGACAGCAACAGCAUAAGCAAUGACAACAAUGAAAAUAUCAAUGAAAAUAUCAACCACAUCACCAACAUCAGCAACAACAACAUUGGAGACUGCAGUGAUAACAGCAACAGCAAAAUCAUUAACACAAGCAACAUCAAUGUUAACAGCAACAUCAAUGAGAUGAGCAACAAUAUUAGCAUUAGCAAUGGAAAUAGCAACGACAUCAACAACAUUGGAGACUCAACAUCAAUAGGAACAGUAACAACAUCAGGUAUGGAAAGAGCAACCACAUUAAAAGCAUUGGAGACUGCAAUAACAGACUGGAUAACAGCAACAUCAUUGAGGAAAGCAACAUUUAUUAAUGAUAACAGCAACAUCAAUGUUAACAGCAACAUCAUAAGCAAUGACAGCAACCCGAACAACAAUGUGAAUUUGAAAUGCAACAGGAACUGCAAUGUCAGCAGCAACAUCGAUGAGAGCAACGACACAGACGGCAACUCCGAGAGCGACAGGGAAUGCGUGAUCAACUGCAGCGAUAAGGAUCUUAAUUUGAAUGCACGCUUUGUGAAUUUGGUUGAUUACGUGCAACUUGCGGAGAGCGAAGCAGCAGCAACAGUUGCAGCAACAGCAUCGCUGUACGUUGACUUUCAAUAUGCGCGACAAAUGUGGCCAAUGAUGAUGGGCAGCGAAAGUGUCGACACUGAUGAAGAUAAAGAUGGAUUUGUUAAUGGUGAUGAAGAUGUUGAUAAUGAAGAUGUUGAUGAUAAAGAUGCUGAUGAUAAAGGAGCUUAUGAUAAAGAUGCAGAUAAUAAAGAUGAUGAAGAUGUUGAAAGUGUUGAAGACGUUGAUGAUAAAGAUGUUGAUGAUAACGAUGCUGAUGAGAAAGAUGUUGAUGGUAAAGCAGUUUAUGAUAAAGAUGCAGAUGAUAAAGAUGUUGCCGAUAAAGAUGUUGAUGUUGAAGAUGUUGAAAAUGUUGAAGACGUUGAUGAUAAAGAUGUUGAUGUUAAAGAUGUUAAUGUUAAAGAUGUUAAUGAUGAUGAAGAUGAAGAAGAAGAUGUUAAUUAUGAUGAAGAUAAUAAAGAUGAAGGCUUUAAUGAUGAUGUUGGCAACACUGCUAAAGAUGUUGCUGAUGAUGUUGGCGACAAGACCGAAGAGGAGCAGCAAGAUGAUGAACGAACCCUGAGCUGGGACAGAGAUUUAAUCGAUAUUGUGUCCGUGCAGCGUCAAGUGCGUGAUCUAAACGAGUUGAGUGUUCGAUUGGUGCAAACGAACAACACGAAUUCGCUGCCGGUUGUUUGUAAUAUUGACUUGGGCUCGUACAAUUCAAUAGAUAACAUCGACGACCAGUGUUUGGAGUUGGACUGCAUUAAAGCUGGCAUCGAUGAAUGGCUGCAGAGCGAAGAUCGUUCCUUCGAAACGAACUUGAGUCGUCCACUGCGUCGCCUGAUUGGCGAACUUCCAGCACAGACAGCGCUCGAAGAGCGUCUCACUUGGUUGAUCGACGAAGAAGCUAACUAUAUUGCUCCUGCUGUUGUUGAGGAUGAGCGAUCGUCGCGUUGGCGUUUGUACCAGGAUUUGUGUUCGCCUGAUGUUCGGUUUUUAAUACGUCAGAGCAUCAAUGAGCUGGCGUACUUACAACAGAAUUUGAAUCGCAUCGAUGUGCAGCAAGAACUUAGAUAUGAGAAUGACGAAUCGGAUGAGGAGGAAGCCAGCAGCAGUUGCAACUAUGAACCGGAGUUGGAGUUGGAAAUUGUGCCGCUUGCCUCGUAUGUAAAACAAACAGCUGAGCUAAUUGCCCAGAUUAAGACAACACUUUAA